AGGGCAUUGAUGUUGUGUUUUUCACGGCCUUUCUCUGGCUCUGCGUUGCCUUUUCCAGCGGCUAUAUCGCGGAUUUUCUCAUGUACGCUGCGACAGCUGACGGUGUUCGCACGUCUCCUGCACUGUCUCUACACUCUCCGUCCUCCUGUUGCACAGGCCUGUCAGCCUUUCGUUUCGAUUGCUGCUUGCAGGGUCCACUCUUUUGACGGAUUUCCAGUUUCAAAGUGUUGAUGUAUAUUCGAUGUGCUCUGACACGUUCUGACUCGUGGUCGUGUGCGGGAAUUUCGCUGCCGGUGUCGUCUGUCCGUUUUGACCGGUCCAGACGUUGUGAGUUCUUGCUUUGUCACCGAGAGAAUUCCAGGCAAGCCGCGGACCUUUUCCGUACUGGGCGCUCGUGCCCGUCAGGCCGUAUGGCUCCUUGUGCCUCUGUGACAGAAGGCCUGAGAGGUGAGUGAACUCGCAGAAAUGAGCUCAUCUUUGGGCUCUGCAGAUACGAUGGAGAACCGGGGGCGGUCUGUUCCGCGCGAAGCCGCGGUUCGGAGACACAUGCCCAACAAGAAACACAAAACAGAGACGGGAGGCGUGCCCCGCUUUCGGCGAAUUCCCUCGUCUUUCUCGCGUUUCGUCUCUUUCAGCUUUUCGGUUUCACCGUGCCAAGCGUCCUCGCCGCCGCAGGCCCUCCUCGCCGUUUCUGUACCUCCUCCCCCAGAGUAUGCUGCUCCGCAAGCCACGGCCGACGUGCGGCCGCGGAACUGUCAACUUUUCCUCCCGGCUUGCCGCCGACUUUUUCUGUGGCCAAUUCUACUCUCAUGUCUCGUUUGCUUGGAGUUCCACUCCGUCUUUGAUCUACCGCGCACCUCAUCGGCAGGGGACGCAUCUGUGAGCCUCACGACCCGCGCCUCUCCUUUUUCUCGCGUCUACUCGAUUCCUGUAUUCCUCUUCACAGCGGGGGAACGGGACGACGGCACCCAGUCUAAGGAAGAUGAGGCGGAAGGCGGAACGCAGAGGGGAGCUCAGUAUUCACUAGAGAACGGCUCAAUAGUCUCAACCGCGGAACGCUUGGAGAGAAGACGACGCGCAAGUGGCCUGUUGUGGAACCAGGAAGCGGACACAGCUCGAGACGCAGAACGCACAGGAGCGACACAAAACGCUACAGACGCUUCUGGCCCCUUUCUCGGGGCCGAGUAUACGCUGUCUUUUUUGGAGGAAACAAGCGAGGACGGUCAAAAAACUCCAGCGUCAGCAGAAGAAACCAGUCGCGAAUCGCUCAAAUUCGGCCCGUUGCAAUACAACGGCGCUUCUCGGGGCUCUCUGCAAAAAGUGAACAUCGUCGACGAAGUUGCAGGACCCACGAAUCUCGGGAGGCUUCUGUACCACGUGAGCAGAUUAAACAGCGACCUCGCCGAAGACGUUCUGGGAAAUCAAGUUCUGACGAACCAGAUUAUCGGCUCCACAGUGCUCGCGCUGAAAGCCAAGAGUCAGCAGCUGGGAGGCCUCGAGAAAGCUGUCAGCGUCCUCAAAUCCAACGUCCGCGUCGGCCAACUGAGGGUGGUAGAAUUUCGCGACCUCGUGCGAGCCAAGGCUCUAGAGCGCCAAGCGCUCUUUCGCGACCGGCUGGGCAACAUCCGAGACCGAAUCAACGAUGCGGCAGGCUCGAUCAUCCUCCAGACGAUGGCUGCCCUCCGCGGUGCCGUGGAUCAUCUGAAGAACGAAGCAGACGCUUUGCUUUGGGGGGAAAAGUACCGGAGUCGCCUCAAACAGGUCGAAUUGCAACUUCUCGGCAACGCCAUGAAACUUGAUGAGCUCCGAGGGAUUCUGGAUCAAGCGAGAAGUCGAGUCGACGUGUGGGUGGAGGGUGCGGGGAAUGUGGUGCAGCAGAUGGGCCAGGACGCAUCCCGUUUGGCGCAUGCAGGCCAGGAAUCUUUUCUGACCACGGCUGCGGCAAUCAUCAAGAAAAAGGAAGAAGAAUUCGCUCUUUUCUUGUCGACGCCGCGUGUAGAAGUGACCUACGGAGACAUGCUGGUCGACCAGAUUUUGAUGGAUUUCCGCUCGAGCAGCGUGAGCAUCAUGGACUUAAGUUCCUGGCUUACGCAGGAAAACGGUUUCGGGAAGAAAACGGCGUCGGUCGACGAAGUCGCUGCCAGACUCUUGAACAAAUUGCGAGCCGCAGAACCCAACGUAGACAUCCGCGCGGUGUUCUGUUUCGUUCCGCCGUACCCGGCCGCAAAGAAUCUCGACGACGGCCGCUUUCACAUCGUCCCGGACCUUCGAAUAAUGCAGACUGUCUUGGCGCAUUUGCAGAAAGUGGACGUCGCGCGGAGCUACGUCGUCCUCUCGGUUGACCAACUUCUCAUCCAGUCGCAGAUCGUCGCCUUCGACAGGAGCGGCAAGCGCGCGGCCUCUGCCGUCUUCGUUCUGAAGCCUAGAAGCACUCAUGGAGGCGAUGUGAUGUUUUCUCGAAUCGAUUCGUACGGCUUCGAGUUUCGACGAAAUCUCUCGAGACACUCCCGCGAUGUGAUGCGCGAGGCCUUGCGAGCAACGGGACCGAAAACGAGAGUCCUCAUCGUGUACGCAGGACAACGUCCAGCGACACGUCGAGGGAGCGAGGCUUCGAUGCGGCACCAUUCGAUGACGUACCUUGCGGAGGCGGGGAGUUGCGCGGCGGAGUUCGCGAGAUAUAACGACCAGUCACUUCCAGAAAUUCAGCAGUUGUCGACGAGGCUGAGGUCCGAACUUCGUUUCUUCAUGGCGAUCGAGAGAAACUGCAGAAAGGCUUUGGUCUCAGCUCGCAUUCCGCCCGACGUGGAGCAGACUCUCCACCUCCCUCCCAUCAACAUGGGCGUCUACCGAAUCUACCACAUCAACCAAACUGCGGUUUUCGCUGCCUUCUCAGAGGUUCCUCUCCCCAGUGUGCCCCUCUCUUCCUUCUUCAGGUCUGCCGUCGGACUGCUGCGACUGGAGAUAACGCGUUCUCGCUUCGGGCGGAAGGAGUUCGCUGUGCCGCCCCGCGCAGCGCUGGCCCAAGCGCUCUCGACUUUGUUUUCUCAGCGCAUCGACGGAGAUGCGCUUGUGACUUUGCGCGCGCGCGUGACCUCCGACACACGGUUGAGCUGGGUGAGAAGGAAGAAAGCUCGGACGUCUAUACACCUGGAGACGAGUGUGGCGCCUCCGCUGUACGUGGGAACUCACCUAGUCGCAGACAUCCGGAAAGAAUACCUGACGCCGCAGGCGAUUCUUACUUCCGUGGCUGACUAUGUCGCGAACAAGUACCUCUCGCAGAACUUCAUGCGGUACAGAGAAAAGCUCGAAGGCCGAGUUCUCUACAUCCAAAUUUCGCAACAAGGUUAGAGACCGGAGACAAAAGCAGAAGAAGCAUGGAGCCAGCGGGAGAGGAAGAGCAGGAGAGAGGAAAGAAGGAAAGGAGAAGGCCAGAGAGAGCGAAGGACGUGAAUGAGGGAACCAGGAGGAGUAACUGAAGAUAGAGAUGAGAACGAGUGAAGAAAGAAACUGGUGAAGACACGGUGGAGAGAGAACGAGCUCUGGUGUUUCAACAGUCCGGAGUCGUCGACAUGCUCGUGUAUCGAGUGCGCAUGCGCUUGUGUCGAUAGGGAGAAGGGAUUUUGACGCAGCCCUCUGUGUUGUUCAUGCGUUGCUGGAGAACCGCACAGGAAGAGGAAAAAGCAAAGACUAUCCUCAGGCAGAGAAGAGCGUCACCAGGUAGACAGCCGUUUAAAAUUUGAGAAGCAUGGUGAGGAAGAGCGUUGGAGCAGACGAGAGGCUUCUCGUCUGGCUCACUCAGAGGCCUAGCGAGCGAAGAAGGACGAAUCUUUUAUCGAGGAGAAAAAAGCAGUCUCUCGUCCGCAGAACGCCGUACAUAGCAGUCCAGACAGGACGUGGCGGCGCCGGUGUGGCGCCUUGUGUGGGGAUUCGUCAGUGUGGUGAAAAAGAAGGAAGCAGCGAGCUAGAAAACGAGAAGAUAAACGAGGCAUGGCAACGGUCUCGCUCUUCGAGCGGCCCUAGGGACUAGCUCCGAAUGAACCUGGGUUUGUCUGCUCUAAAAAACCUGCAUUUUUCAGAGGAAGUGGCGCCAGAGGCCACAAGCGAAACGCUUCGGAAAUGUGGAAGAACCUGCCGGUUUGUCUCCUUAUGCAUGCAUGCACACUCAACAGUACCCACAUAGGUGCAUGCAUGUUCGUAAGUGUACAUAUAUUUGCACGUAUAUAUAAUAUUUAUACUGGGUUUCUUUCAAGAGACAAGUUUGUAUGUGAGGGAAGGUGUCGUGGACGCGCAUGUGGGCAGGGUAGAUCGAGAGGACAGCGAAAGGUUUUGGGAAUCUGGAUCUCCCGCGACUGUCGCCGACAGUGGAGACAAGCGAGAGGGUCAUAGCUAGAAGGACCACGAGGUAGAUUGAGCGAGUUCAGAAGAAGGUGGAGAAACGGGUGCGAUGUGUUUGCUGUGGAAGGAUGCAAAGAACGGAUUCAAGCGGCACACACUAGGCGAGAGAGGAAAGAGACGAUCGUGGAGGAGCAGACGAAGAAAUAACUCUUUUCUACACAGAAAAGAAAGAAAGAGAGAGUCGCUGUCUGGGGGUGUCGUGAGUCAACUGCAGGUGGUUUUUUCGUUUUGAGUGCAAAGGUGCUUCGAAGACACACUCGUCUCGUUUCUCUCUUUCGACUGCGCUUCUCGCUUCACGGGUUCCUUGGACCGCCGUGUGUGCAUGCACCCGCACAGACUCCAAGGGCAGUUGGUACUUCUUGUCUUCGUUUUAUUUUUCGUUUCGGAAAACGCAUAUUUCUCGACGAAGCUUUCUUUUCUUUGGGCUCGCCUCCCUUCUCGCCGCCGCUGUUCUGGUUCCCAGAACCCUCAACAGUUCGCGGGAGAGGAACGCGUUGCCUGUCAGACCAGAGGUGUGUGGCCUGCCGAAACAGUCCGGUUCGAUGGUCGUGUGUGUCCCAUGAUGUUUUUGCGGGAUUUCAGCGGAGUUCACUCUGACAUUCUACAGCGAUUCAGGUUUAAGAAUCGAGUUUGGAGAGGGCACAAAGGCUUCUUGUUGAAGGAACUGAAAGAGUUGGAGUUUUGUGGCUUAAGGCGAUUAGACAAUGCUGCAUCAACGUUCUGGUUCGAGAUGCAGUUCGGGUCUUCCAGUUUCCCCUCGGCGGAAGCGCGGAAGACAUAGCACCUCUCCGAGACCAGGGAGAAGUCCAUGCCAUCGUGAUGUAUAUUUGCGAGAUGCAUAUCUUUUGAAUUCGCUUGCCUGGCGGUCGAGGCGACCUCAAGAGCAGUUUGAGUGCACCUACUCUCUCGACGAAGAGAGAGUACAGAAGCGGUCUCUUCCUCACUCGCAUGUGACCCUGCUCUGUUUCGUCUUUCCAUGGAUUCUUCCUCACAGCUCGGGCAGUCCCUCGGCGAUUCAAAAGGUCUCUCUUUUGUGUUGAAACGCGUUGCAUGCAUCUGCCGCUUGCAGAGCUGCGGUGUGAGCACACUGCACAGCUACCCACCAGCAUCUCGCCGAGGCCGCGCGUCUUCUUGGCAACUGAAAGGAGAUUUUUCUCAGAAGCGACAGUUGAGAGAUUCUUUAUCUGGAUUCCAAAGGAACACAUUGGUUUUCAACGUUAGUGUCUGGUCUGCUGCACUCCGAGCUGAGAUUCUGUUCAGCUUCUCGCCUUCGCACAAACGAGGAUGGACCAUCACCCCAAGGAGGGUCCCAGAUCGCCCUCGCUGCCUAUUUGACACAACUCCACGGUGGGAGUUCCGCGCUCGUGAACGAUCCUAGUUUCUCUUCCCUAAAUCCUUCUAAACAGCGGAUUCUACGAUACGCUCUUCACUUGCGCAGUUCCGACCUCAAACGCGGACCUCAAAGAUUCCGACACACAAAAAUGGCUCUGCGUGUACAAACACGCUGCUGAUAACCUCUUCCCUCUUGCCGGCAUCCCAGCGAGCACAGCUCUUCAUUCUUAACUGUCGAUGUUGACGUACUCCUUACUUCAUAUAUAUAUAUAUAUAUAUAUAUGUUACGAGCACACUGCUUAUAUGCAUACAUAUGCAUGUGCAUCGAUUUGUCUGUAUAUGUGUAUAUAUUUGAGUAGAUA